AUGAAAUUUCAUUAUGCACUAAGUGCAAAUAUUGGUGGAAAUAACUAUGAAAAUGAAGCAUCUGAAGAUUUAUUUGAUCCAUCUGAUUAUGCAGAAGAACGUGAAAUUCCUAUUUUUACUCGAUCUCAACAUCAUACAUGGUCACUUAAUAAUCCUUUGAGUAUUCGCAAUGAUACCAUUUAUGAAUAUGUUAUAUUCGGUACUCAAAAAUCACAAGAUUCUAUGGAUGAACUAGAUUAUUACCUUGAUUAUAGACGAACAGCAGUGGCUCUUCGUAAUUCAGAUCCUCUUUUGUGGUGGCAGCAACAGCAAGCUCAAUUUCCGACCCUUUCAAAACUAGCAAGAAAAUAUCUAGGGAUGUUAAGUAGUCCGCAUGAACCAGGUCCGGACCGAGUCCGGGAUCGGACUUUAACCGGUUCGUCCCAAGAAACCAAGGACCCGGUCCUUUAG